AUGCAUCCUCCGCCGAGCCAGAUGGCGCACCAGUCCAUCUCGCUGUACCAGACCAUCAGCAACACCUUUGGCAAGGUCAACCGCUCCAACUCGUCCAACUCUGCCGCUUCCAGCAACCAGGCCGGCUCGCCCAGCAGCUCGUCGUCGUCGUCGCACAUGGCCGCGCGAACCCUCAGCCAGUCGUCGUCGUCGUCGGCGCCCCCAAAGCCCUCGGCGCUGCCGCGCAACCUCGUCUUCGACUACGUCCGCCCCGAAGAGGUCCGCGCAGCCCACCAGCUCGAGGUCCAGGGCUACCCGCCAGAGGAUGCCGCCUCGUACGAAAAGCUCAUCGGCCGGCAACGGGCGGCUCCCCACCUCUUUCUCGGCGCCUAUCUGCCCCUGCCUCCGCCCAAGGUGGCCGGACCGCUGACCGUUGGCGGACCCUCGCGCCGCAAGAUGGUCGCCUUUGUGUGCGGCACCGCGGCCACCGCCCUCACGCUGCGGUCCAUGUCGACGCACGACUCUUCCGCCGACGCCCAUAUGGUCUGCAUCCACAGCGUCUGCGUGUCGCCCGACUAUCAGCGCAAGGGCCUCGCCACGCGCAUGCUCGAAAACUACAUCUCCCGCCUCAAGCGCGCCGAGGACGGCAAGGGCCCCGAGGGCGCCAAGGGCAAGAGGGGCUACGAGACGCUGGCGCUGCUCGCCCACGAGGAGCUCACCGAGCUCUACAUCAAGGUCGGCUUCAAGGUACAGUGCGUCAGCCACAUCCAGUACGGCAGCGGACAGUGGCUCGAGAUGCGGCGCAGCCUCAGCGCGCCCGUGACGAUGCCCGGAGCCAAGACGGGCGACGCCAACGCCCUCACGCGCACCUUCUCGAGCGCCUCGAGCGGCGGCGGCGAUGACCGCAUGGUCUCGUCGCCCACCGCCCUCACCUCGCCACAGUUUGCCUUUACGGCACCCGAGCGCGAGAGAGGGAGAUCUGCUUCGGCAUCGCAGACCGAUUCGGCAUCGGGCUCGGCCUCUUCGGCAGCAUCGGCGUCGUCGAGACCCGCGACGGCCUCCGAGGACGCCACCGCUACGCAGACGCCGACCCAGGAGACGGACAAGUCUGACCUCGGAACGCCGUCGGGCGAUGCCUCGGCGACCCCGACGACGGCCGUCACCGCCAAGUCGGCCGCGCCCGAGAAGCCAGAGACGCCGCCCGGCAUGCCGUCGCAGGCCUCGAUCAUGGCGGCGCUCGCUGCGCAGUCGCAGCCGGGCAAGAGCCCCGGCGUCACGUACACGUCGAUCCUGGGCCAGGCGCUCGCGGGCAAGACGGCGUCCGAGGACGCGGGCAUGGCGCUCGAGGCACGGCUGGUGGACCGCGAGACGGGCACCAACCUGGCGCGGCUGUACUGCCCCAUGGAGAACUGCCGGUGCUGCAUCCUUGGCAAGGGGGCGGGCGAGUACACCCGCAAGGAGAGCGGACCGCUGUCGAACCCGGCGCUCGAGCUGCCCAACUCGCCUGCGCCGCCGCAGGGGCCGGCGUUCCCGGUGCAGGGCGCCUCGUCGGGUGGGACGCGGCUGCUGACGAGCGUCAAGGGCUUCUGGACGGUGGCGGGCCCGCUGCAGUUUGACAAUGUGGGCUUCUCUCGCGACCUCAAGUGGACGGCGCCGACGCCAUCGUCGCCGAGCCCGACGUCGGAGGCCAAGGUGCAGGACAAGGAGGCCAGGGCGCGCGAGAAGCGCGAGGAAAAGGAGCGGCGCAAGGAGGACAAGGCGCGGGAAAAGGAGAGGCGGAAGCAGCAGCGGCAGCGGGGCAACAGCGGGUCGGACGAGAGCAGCCGUUCGGACGAGGACGUGUCGUCGCUGCUGGCGCACCUGAGCCUGGGGCUGACGCCGGGCGAGGAGGUGACGGUCAAGUACCUGCUGUGCCCGGACUGCGAGUGCGGGCCGCUGGGCUUUACGGUGCUGCCCGAGGAGAUGCAGGGUGGCAGGCUGGCGGCCGAGGUCGGGGAGCAGGUGGACCAGAUGAAGGGCGGCAGCCUGGCGGCGGGCAGCCAGAGGCAGGUCAAGAAGAAGCCGCAGCUCUUCUACCUGGCUGCGGAGCGGGUGCGCUACCGCUUCGACAGGAACUGA